AUGCAACACGCUCAUCUUAACGAGAAAAGAGGAUGGGGGAAAGUGACCAUCUCACUGCGAGUCAGGGCACAGAUCGUAAGCUGGAGCCUUACUCGCGACAAGUCCAUGUUUCCUCAUUUGAAACAAGUACUAGGUGGAACUAUUGACAUUAUAAUUCAUGAAGUAUGCAUUGAUGGAACAUUGAGCGAGAUAUAUCAAGCUAAUGGUGGAAACUGGGGCGGUACAACGGUUGAUAAAGCUUUCCAAGAUUUUUUGACAGGAAUUGUUGGAAAAAAUGUAAUGAAGAGAUUUCAAGAUGAACACAAAGACGAUUUCCUUGACCUUCAAAGAGAGUUUGAAGUAAAGAAAAGGUCUAUCAAGCCAGAUCUUAAAUCGAAAGUAAAACUUAAAAUACCUCUUUCGCUGUCUGAUAUUUAUAAAGAUGUAAACUCAAAAAGCGUAAUGGAAAAAAUUGAGGAAGAUGAGCAACUUAAUGGAAAGGUGAAGUUUAUGGCAGAUAAGAUUUUGUUUGAUAGCAGUCUUUUUAAAAACCUUUUUAGCUUCACAACCGAUCAUCUUACAGAACAUUUGAAAAAUAUUCUACACGAAGAGACAACAGCAAAUACCAAUACAAUUUUAAUGGUUGGUGGGUUUUCAGAGUCCCCGAUGCUAUUUGAAGCAGUAAAAUCUUCAUUUGUUGAUAAAAAUGUUUUACUGCCUGAAGAUGCAGGUCUGUCGUUUCUAAAAGGGGCAGUUAUAUAUGGACAUGAUAGAAAAGACAUCAGUGUCAGGAUCAGUCCAUAUACAUACGGUUAUAAAAUGUAUGAUUAUUAUAACCCACUAAAACACCCAAAAGAGAGAAUGUUCAUUGCCAAAGAUGGUCAAAAACUCGUUCGUGGUUGCUUCGAAAUAUUGAUAAGGAAGGGUGAAAAAUGGCACCUG